CGGCCCAUUGCCGCACAAUCACUAUACACUUUCUCUGCACUUUUCCCUCCAAUUCCAUUUCUUAAUUUACGGUCCUUACGCUUCCUUCAAUAUCUCAGAUCCCUCUGCAAAAUCAUGCCUUUAUCAUCUAGCGAGGCGCCGGAAUCCUCCUGUCGGCACCACACCUACAGCAGGAAACAGAAGUCUCUCGGUCUCCUCUGCACUAAUUUCUUGAGCUUUUAUGAUAGAGGCGGUGUUGAAGUCGUUGGACUGGAUGAAGCUGCCUCUAAAUUAGGCGUUGAGAGACGGCGGAUCUAUGAUAUUGUCAAUGUUCUAGAGGGCGUCGGAGUUCUUGCAAGAAAAGCAAAGAAUAAAUAUACAUGGAAAGGAUUUGAGGCAAUCCCUAAAGCUCUUCAGGAGUUGAAGGAAGAGGGUUUGAGGGAGAAUUUAAGCAGUUUUGAUAAGCAUCGGAGCAGCAAUUAUGAGAAAGUAUCAUAUGAUGACAAUGAUGAUGAGGAUGAGUGUGAUUCCAACCCUAACACAGGAAGCCAGAAUGAUAAUUCCAUUCCCAGUGGCAUUGUCAAAUCAACGGCAGCUUCAAGAUUUGAUAACAGAAAAGAAAAAUCUUUGGGACUUCUCACACAGAAUUUUGUCAAGCUCUUUGUUUGCUCUAAAGCGGAUCUAAUUUCCCUUGAUGAAGUUGCAAAGCUAUUGCUUGGGGAUGCCCACAAUUCAUCAAUAAUGAGAACAAAAGUAAGACGGCUUUAUGACAUUGCAAACGUGCUAUCUUCCUUGAAACUUAUUGAAAAGACUCAUACAGCAGAAGCCAGGAAACCAGCAUUCAGGUGGUUGGGUUUGAGAGGGAAACCUGAAAGUGGAUCUGAUGAUGCCUUGGCCGAGUCUAGGAAAAGAACAUUUGGAGCUGAUGUUACUAACAUUUGUUUCAAAAGAAACAAAGUGGAUUCUUCACCUGAUGGAGACAGAAACGACAAUUUAAAAUUGCAGAACCAAAUAAAAGUCGAGAAUGAGGUAACAAUCGCUGAUAGAAGUGCUUUGUGUCAGGAUUUCUCUAACAGUUACCAGUUUGGCCCUUUUGCUCCUGCUACAGUGGCCAAAGUUGGUGGUUCUGAUAACAAAGCGACUCAAACUCAUGAUUGGGAUAGUUUUGCGUCUACUUACCGUCCUCAAUAUCACAACCAAGCUCUGAGAGAACUUUUUGCUCAUUACAUGGAAGCCUGGAAAUCAUGGUACACUGAAGUCCUGGCAAGAAACCGAUACAACAAGUAUCCUGAUGCUUCACCUCUCUGCAUUUCCUAAUGAACUCAAGUAAUUUGGACAGCUUUGUAGUCCCUUGAACCUUUUCAUAUUUCAAGGGGAAAAAGGAAAGAAGAGAUGUGCCCCAACUGAUUAUGCCCAUCCUCCGGAUAUUCUAUUUCAUUUAUUGUAGUGUUCAGAUUUGUUCAUGUUUCUGAACACUAUCAAAUGCCAAUCGAAUGCUAUACAGACAUAAAUAUGAACAAAUCUGUAUAGCAUUUGUUCAUAUCAAACUAUCAAAUUUCUUUAUUAAAAUUUGUGGAUGUCAAUUUACAAAUUGGUAA